GAAGCCUAAAAUGACUGUAAAAUUGUAAUAUACUUCUGAGACAUUUCAGAUAAAGUUCAACAAGGGAGGUUAUCAGUUAAGAGAGUGCCUAAUGAAAAGCAAUUAAAAAUGAGCGUUGGAAUCUGCCUAAUUUACGUGUUUCUGAGUCUUCUAGUAGGGUCAGCGGCUGCUUACAGUGAUGAGUUUAUAGAGAGUUUGGGUUCUGUUCGACGGAGCAGUUUCCCGGCAGGUUUUAAGUUCGGGACUGCUUCCUCUGCUUACCAGUAUGAAGGUGCAGCAAAUGGAUAUGGUAGAGGACCAAGUAUAUGGGAUACCUUCACUCAUAAAUACCCAGGUAAGAUAAAGGACCGCAGUAAUGGAGACACUGCCGUUGACUCAUAUCAUAGGUAUAAGGAAGAUGUGGCUAUAAUGAAGAGCUUAGGUUUUGACGCUUACAGAUUUUCCAUUUCAUGGUCUAGGCUAUUACCCCGUGGCCGUCUUAGCAGAGGAGUAAAUCAAGAGGGCAUCGAUUACUAUAACAAUCUAAUUAAUGAGCUGCUAUUGAAUGGAAUCCAGCCCUUUGUAACUUUAUUCCAUUGGGAUCUUCCACAAGCUCUUGAAGAUGAAUAUGGUGGUUUCUUAAGCUCCAAGAUUGUUUGUGAUUUUCAAAACUAUGCGGAAUUAUGCUUUAGCAACUUUGGAGAUAGAGUAAAGCAUUGGAUCACCUUGAAUGAGCCAUUGAGCUAUGCUAACGAUGGAUAUGCAACCGGGUUAAAAGCACCUGGUAGAUGUUCAAAGUGGAUUUCUUUGAACUGUACUGGUGGUGAUUCUGGUACUGAGCCAUAUAUAAUAGGACAUAAUCAACUCCUUGCUCAUGCAGCAGCGGUUAGAGUGUAUAAAGACAAGUACCAAAUGUAUCAGAAGGGUCAAAUUGGGAUUACAUUGAACUCAGAGUGGAUUUUACCCAUGAAUUCUGAAUCAAAUGGAGACUGUAUCGCAGCAUCUCGAGCACUUGCCUUUAAGUAUGAUUGGUUUAUGGAACCACUGAAUUCUGGUUUGUAUCCACUGGAAAUGGUAGCUUAUGUGGGAGAACGAAUGCCUAAAUUUACUCAAAAGGAGUCCUUAAUGGUUAAAGGGUCUUUUGACUUCAUUGGGGUAAACUAUUACACUGCAAACUAUGCAACUGAUGUUCCUUGCAAAACUGAAAACUUUAGCUACUCCACUGACUCUUGUGUUAAGCUUAGUUGGGAGCGAAAUGGGAUUCCCAUUGGUCCACAGACAGGGUCAGAUUGGCUUUAUGUUUACCCAGGAGGGAUUCAACAACUUUUGCUCUACACCAAGCACAAAUUUAAUAAUCCUGUCAUCUACAUAACGGAGAAUGGAGUUAGCGAACUUGCUACAGGUUCUGUAUCUCUGGAGGACAAAAUGAGAGUAGACUACUACCAUGAUCAUCUUUCGUUGGUCCGAAAAGCAAUCAUGAAUGGUGUAAAUGUAAAGGGAUUCUUUGGAUGGUCACUGCUAGACAAUUUUGAAUGGAGUGAUGGUUUUGCAGUCCGUUUUGGAAUAGUCUAUGUAGAUUAUGAGGAUGGAUUGAAAAGGUAUCCGAAAAGAUCAGCUAUGUGGUUCAAGGAAUUUCUUCAUUCUGGGAAUCAGACUCAGUUAAAGAGAAGGGAUGUUCUAGUUUCUUAAGUUUAAGAAAGAGAAACAAAAUGUUUCUGGAACUGAAAUUAUUGGCAUUACAUGCAGAAUUCAUGUAAAUUUACAAGUUCCAAAGAAGUGUAUGAACAUGAAAUAAAAUCACAGGUUUUAACUGUGUAAACUGCAUGUAUAUAUGUUGGGAGUACUGAGUUUCUCUUAACUCACUGCAACUAUUUACUGAAAAAUAUAAAUUGUGUAAACUGGAGAUUUAUAAGAAAAUAAUGGAAUGGUCACUAAAUUUUUUAUUUA